CAACAUUUAUUUCUCACUUUUAAAUGUCUUUUUUUUAAAUGAAGCAUUUUAAACAGAGUUUAAUAUAGUUGAUAUUAAAUAUUGCAUUUUUAGUACUAUUUUCUUCUUUUGUGAUCUAGUUUAUAUUCUUAAAAAGUCCCGUCCCAAAACAUUAAAUAUCCCAUUUUUCGUCUGACCAACCAUACUUACACACACACACAGAGUCACUAUUUUCAUUACUUACUUCUUUUAUCUCUGCACAGUAGAACAACUGCCAAGAUUGAGGCUUACCAAGGUUCAGUGAUAACUGUCUUUGCUUGUAAGAUUCUCCUUGUAGUCCUAACAUACUGUCACAACAAAACAAAAAUACGCCAGUUUACCACAUGGGGUUUAGUAAUGGUUAGGUAGUCAUUAGGUUCUCCAACUUGUGUUACGAUACAUUUUAAUCAUUCUGAAAACCAUGGCUGUAUCCUCCCAUAUAUAUGACAUUCAUGUAUCAUGGAUGUGGGGGGAAGCAUUAGUUCAGUAUAUACUCAGAAUUCAUAUGAUUAACAGAAAUAGAUACUUUAUCUACAUAAUAUUCUCACUUAGUAUUUCAAUUAAUUUUAAUUGCAUUAGCCCUCUAUCCUCCCAAGUUUAAUUACUAAGGACACAAAAAUCUUUAUCUUUGGUGCCAAGUGCACCAAAAAAAAGCAACAUGUUUUUACUGUUUGCUUUUACUCUGUAAUAGAUACUGAUAUAUUUUAGAUACUUUCAGCUUCACAUGUACUUUUUUGUGUGUGUGGAGUAGCAUGUCCAUACAUUGAUAAAAAGAUGUAGAAAACCCGAGUAAACGAUUUUCUUUUAACAUUGUUUAGAAUGAAGUAGAAAUUGUCAGUUUUGAAAUAAUAAGUGUAUUUUAAACUUGCAAAGGUCAAGAUAUUUCUGUAAUGUUUUAUACAUUUCUUAGAACAGCAUCACAAAUGAAUUUCAAAAGUUCUGUUCCCUGAGACUGUGGUAACUACAAAGCGUGAAAAAAAAUGUGUACUUUACAUAGUGCUAUAGCUUCUGAUAAUUUUCUUUUUGGGACUUAAAAAGACGUCUGUCUUCCUCAAGUGCUAGAUAAAAUGAGGGAAUGCACAUUUAAAUCAGAAAAAAGAACCAAUCACAUUAGUCUUUCAUGUUUCCUGUUUCUUUUUAUCAUCAGAAACAGCUGACCCUUGACCAACAAUACAUGAUUUGGAGAAAUAAUUGGAAGACUACCACAGGGAGACUAAAUGUAAAAUUGCAAUUAGAUAAAUUACAACACAGAUGCCCAGAUUAUUCAUCAGUAUGGCUACCUGGUAAUGAAUCAUUGUGGCAGGCCACAACUGUUCCAUCUAACCAUCGAAGUAACCAUAUCAGGAGACACAGUAUAGCUUCUGACAGUGGAGACACUGGCAUUGGAACUUCCUGUUCUGAUAGUGUGGAAGAUCAUUCAACUUCAAGUGGCACAUUAUCUUUUAAGCCUAGUCAAUCACUGGUUACUCUUCCUACUGCCCAUGUGAUGCCGUCUAACUCCAGCGCUUCAAUUUCCAAACUUAGGGAAUCAUUGACACGAGAUGGCUCAAAAUGGAGUACAAGCCUCAUGCAAACAUUGGGAAAGCACAGUAGGGGGGAGCAGGACUCUUCACUAGACAUGAAGGACUUCCGUCCACUUCGGAAAUGGUCAUCUUUAUCCAAACUCACUGCCCUGGAUAACUGUGUCCAGGGUAGCACUGUUUGCAGAGAAGAGUCAAGGAAUGGUUUGGAAAAGACAGGGAGGGCUAAGGCUUUAAUAUCACAACUGAGGACAGUUGGGCCUAGCUGUUUACAUGAUAGUAUGGAGAUGCUUAAGUUAGAGGACAAGGAUAUAAAUAAAAAACGGUCAUCAACUUUAGACUGCAAAUAUAAAUUUGAGAGCUGUAGCAAGGAGGACUUCAGAGCCUCUUCCUCUACUCUGAGGAGACAGACUGUAGACAUGACAUAUAGUGCCUUACCUGAAAGCAAGCCCAUUAUGACAAGCUCAGAGGCCUUUGAACCUCCAAAAUAUUUAAUGCUUGGUCAACAAUCAGUAGGUGGAGUUCCCAUUCAGCCUUCUGUAAGGACUCAGAUGUGGCUUACAGAGCAGCUGCGGACAAAUCCUUUGGAAGGUAGAGCUACAGAAGAUUCUUACAGUUUAGCUCCUUGGCAACAGCAGCAAAUUGAAGAGUUUCAGCAAGGAAGUGAAACACCAAUGCAGGUUUUAACUGGAUCAUCUCGUCAAAGUUAUUCACCUUCUGGCUAUCAGGAUUUCAGUAAGUGGGAAUCAAUGUUGAAAAUAAAAGAAGGACUUCUAAGGCAGAAAGAAAUUGUAAUUGAUCGGCAGAAGCAACAAAUUACCCACCUGCAUGAGAGGAUAAGGGAUAAUGAAUUAUGGGCUCAACAUGCCAUGUUAGGACAUUAUAUAAAUUGUGAGGAUUCUUAUGUGCCUAGUUUGGAGCCACAAUAUGAGAACACUUCACUCCAGACACCAUUUUCAGAGAAAUCAGUUUCCCAUCCCCAACAAGGGGAAUUUGAGCAAAAGCGUACAUCUACUGAGAAAGAAGUUUUACAGCUUAAUGAGUUUCUCAAACAAAAACUAAGCCUAUUUAGUGAAGAGAAGAAGAAACUGGAAGAAAAGCUUAAAACUAGAGAUCGAUACAUCAGUAGCCUGAAAAAGAAGUGCCAGAAGGAAUCUGAACAAAACAAAGAAAAGCAGAGAAGAAUUGAGACCCUGGAAAAGUACCUGGCUGAUCUUCCAACUCUAGAUGAUGUGCAGAGUCAAAGUCUACAGCUGCAGAUUCUAGAAGAAAAAAAUAAGAAUUUACAAGAGGCUUUGAUAGAUACAGAAAAAAAACUUGAAGAAAUCAAAAACCAGUGUCAAGAUAAAGAGACACAGUUAAUAUGCCAGAAAAAGAAAGAAAAGGAGUUAGUAACUACCGUUCAAAGUUUGCAACAAAAAGUAGAAAGAUGUCUUGAAGAUGGAAUCCGCCUUCCCAUGUUAGAUGCAAAACAGCUUCAGAAUGAAAACGAUAAUCUCAGACAACAAAAUGAGACUGCUAGUAAGAUAAUAGACAGCCAACAAGAUGAGAUUGACAGAAUGAUUUUAGAAAUUCAGUCUAUGCAAGGAAAGCUUUCUAAAGAGAAAGUGACCACUCAAAAGAUGAUGGAAGAGCUGGAAAAGAAAGAAAGAAACCUACAGAGAUUAACAAAAGCAUUGCUUGAAAACCAAAGACAAACAGAUGAGACAUGCUCUUUAUUUGAUCAGGGCCAGGAAGCUGACCAAUCUAGGCAGCAGACAGUUCUUUCCAAACGGCCACUAUUUGAUUUGACUGUGAUUGAUCAGCUGUUCAAGGAAAUGUCCUGUUGUUUGUUUGACUUGAAAGCAUUGUGUAGUGUUCUUAAUCAGCGUGCUCAAGGCAAGGAGCCUAAUCUUUCAUUAUUACUGGGAAUAAGAUCAAUGAACUGUUCGGCCGAAGAGACUGAGAAUGACCACAGUGCAGAAACACUCACUAAGAAACUGUCAGAUGUGUGCCAGUUACGAAGAGACAUUGAUGAAUUAAGGACUACAAUAUCAGACCGCUAUGCUCAGGACAUGGGAGACAACUGCGUUACUCAGUGAUCAAGUAUUAGUCCCACAGCAAUAAUGACCCAUUGUUAAAUGCUGCUGUGUUAUGGAGCCAUAAUGGAAGGUUUCAAGUGACGUGACUUGCACAUAAGGAUUUUUUUCUGUGGAUUUGUUUUAUUGAAGCGGAAAAGGAAUGUGAAGAGGUUUUGAAGGGGCUUAUCUAAUCGGGAAAAAAAAAUCAAA